CUCUUUAUAACCAGGGCUGCGAGGGCACUUAGUACAACCUGCUCUGGGUGUUCACUGAAGGGAGCCUGAACCAGCACUCUCCUGCAAAAUGACGCUGACCCAAGCUGAGAAGGCUGCCGUGACCACCAUCUGGGCAAAGGUGGCUGCCCAGAUUGAUGCCAUUGGGGCAGAAUCACUGGAGAGGCUUUUUGCCAGCUACCCUCAGACAAAAACCUACUUCCCUCACUUUGAUCUCAGCCAAGGCUCAGUUCAGCUUCGUGGUCAUGGCUCCAAGGUCCUGAAUGCCAUUGGGGAAGCUGUGAAGAACAUCGAUGACAUUAGAGGUGCUUUGGCCAAACUGAGCGAGCUGCAUGCUUACAUCCUUAGGGUGGACCCAGUGAACUUCAAGCUGCUUUCCCACUGUAUCCUGUGCUCUGUGGCUGCCCGCUAUCCCAGUGAUUUCACCCCAGAAGUUCAUGCUGCAUGGGACAAGUUCCUGUCCAGCGUUUCCUCUGUUCUGACUGAGAAGUACAGAUAAAUGGCUUCCACACUGUGUUAGGGACGUGCACCGAUGGCACACAGCAGCUGCCAAGUUCUGGGUAUUCUUCCUAUGCAGUCCCCUCAACUGCCCUAUGCAGGGGCUCAGCCAUCUGCAGACUACAAU